AUGGCACCACGAAGAUCCCACAAGAAGUCGAGGGCCGGCUGUAGACGCUGCAAAGUUAGGAAGAUAAAGUGUAACGAGGUUCAUCCUCGCUGCGGCAACUGCUCCAAACAUGGCGUGCUCUGCGACUUCGAGAAACACGACGACAACCAGACAUCCCCCGAUACUCCCCAUGCCACCGCAUCAGCGUCUCCCACCAAUAGCAACUGCGACAGUCCCUCGGCGGCCACGAGCCCGCUUCCUGUGACUCCCUCCGCACCUGCCAGCACUCCUGCGCCCCUCUACCGAAACCCAGAACCGCUCCCCUUGACGUCGACCUCCAAGAACAACCGCAUGAUGGAGUUGAAGCUACUUCAUCACUACACCACGAUAACCUGUGAGACUCUGGCCAUAUCGUCCCCCGUUAGCGAGAAGAUUUGGCGGGAAACUGUCCCUUGCCUCGCGUUCUCAGGCGCAAGCUUCCUGGCCGACGCGCUUCUGGCGGUGUCAGCCCUCCACCUGCGGUCCCAUGCGCCACAGGACCAGGAUCUGAUACGUGCGAGCCAUUCUUAUAUGGCCUCCACGUUUUCCGAAUACAGUGCCAGCUUGAGCAAAGGCAUCACGGAAUCAAACGCCGAGGCCCUGUUUCUCACAGCUGCCCUCAUUGCCUUUCAAUCUACCGCAUCUCGCAUCUUCGCCCGCGACGACGGCGGCGACAUGAAGGAUCGAUCUGGAGGAUAUGCCCUGCCGCUCUCCUGGUUCCAUUCUUUCCAGGGCGUCAAGGCCGUCGUGGCUUCGAGCUGGCAGUGGCUGCGCAAUAGUGGGAUAGUCGUGCCGAUCAUCGAGUCGCAGCCUGCGCUGAAUCUGAACCUAUCUGGCAAUCCGACCUUUUUCAGCGAUCUGUUAAUUGGGGUUGAGGAAGAGGUCACGAGCCUGGAUGAUGAUCCAGCCAGACAAAUGGCCACACGUCAGGCGUACCAACAUGCCGUCGCCGUCCUUGAUUGGGCCCACAAGAUCCCGCAUACUGGAGCACCGUUGGUAUUUCUCGCCACGGUCUCCCGUCGUUUCGUCGAAUUGCUGGAAGCCAGGCGCCCACGGGCACUUGCUAUUCUGGCUAGCUACUUCGGAUUGCUCAAAUGCCUUGACUCGGUCUGGUGGCUGAAAGGGGUUGCUCGUCGCGAAGUCAUGGGCAUUGUGUCGCUUUUCGAUCCAGACGACGAGGAGUGGUGGCCUCGCUUACAAUGGCCUCUUCGAAUUGCACUCAUCGACGGGGAUGGUAUUCCAGCAGAUGUUUGGGGAGCAGACUGGGCUGCCGAGAAAGCUUUAAUGGACCAAGCAAGCCAAAGCGGUAGCUUCGUCAGCCACAUCGAGCUCCUCAGUCAAAUGUUUUCAGCGAUGCAGAAUCUGCCCAACAACAUGCCGGACGCGUUGGACCCCUUCACGCAUCAGUACGCUCUGGGUAGGGAGAAGGCAUCGAGACAACAGCAGCUCCUGCUUUCAGACGAACUACAGGGGCCGGAAGUUGAUUGA